AUGAGGGAAGAGGUCCUGAAGGAAGUAUUGAAAUUGCUAUCUCUGGGCAUUAUCUAUUCGAUCCCAGAUAGUGAGUGGGUCAACCCUGUUCACAUGGUGCCUAAGAAGUUAGGGAUUCAGAUGCUGGAGAGAUUGGCUGGGAAGCAGUAUUUUUGUUUCUUAGAUAGAUACAACAGAUUCUUCCAGAUCUAUGUAGAUCUCGAGGAUCAAGAGAAGAUAACGUUUACGUGCCCCUUCGGGACGUACGCAUACAGAAGAAUGUCGUUUGUUCUGUGCAAUGCGCGGGCACCUUUCAACGUUGCAUGA